CUCUUGUUGUGGCUACCUGGUGCUUUCCUCUACCUUGACGUUCAGGUACGAACCUGGUCGAAACUUUACCGAAACGGACAUUUUUCAGCAGAGUUGGUUUAUGGGACAUUCAAAAUGCCUUAAAAAGUGAAAUUUUGAAUGUUAGGUGGCGGAGACAACAUUAAUUCGGGAGUCAAUUGCUAGACGCACCGUGUAUACUAUCUUGGAGGCAGUAAGUCAUGUCCAACGGCAGCCCUGGCAGUCUGAGACAAAGCUCAGGGCCCGCCAGCUCCAGGUAUGGACGCAGCUGGAGUAGCAGCCAGGGGGUGUCCUACGAGGAGCGCUGUGUGGACCCAGUGGAAGACAGGCUCCCCACUCCAGAGCCAAAGACAGUCCACAAAGCUCACCUGAAAGAUGCUAAUGGAAAGGUGUCAGAAACCAUCGGCUUCAUUCCAGGCUCAGUUGAGCCUCCCUCUGCGACACAAACCUGCAAUCCCUGCGCUCCUCCGGGUAGCUGUAGGACCUUUGUGUGCAGCGUGCUCACCUGCGGCCUGUAUAGGGUCUGUCAGCGUUCCGUCCUCGCUCCAUGCCUGGCGCCAAACGAGAGCUCCCCAGACGAACCAGAGAAGGUGAGCCUCAGAUCCGUGAACCCAGGAGACAACAAAGAAGAGGACGGCACAGACUGGCCAUGGGACGUUCGCAUCGCCGGAGUCAAAGUCGACAGUCUGGGAGAGGAUUUAGAUGUUGAAACCAAAUCUCCAUCGUAUGUGCCUCCGCGUGGUGGUCACACACAGCCCAGGCACGCUUCCCUGCAUGAGUCUAUGGGGAUUGACGACGUGGAGGAUGGCGAGGAGGACGUGGAUUCUCUGAUUACUAAGAAGCUGCUGGAGCUCUACUCUGAGUAUCAGAUCGAAGAGUUGGCCCGGUGCACCUCGGACUCUGUGUUUCUGAGAAAGAGCAAGGCCAUCAACCAGCUCAUCAACUCACUGGCAGAGGAGCACAAUAUAGGCGAGCGAGAUGCCGAGUGCCGACUCGUGCGCGGCAUCAUCCGCAUCAGCACCCGGAAGAGCGCAAAGAGGAGGCCGCACAUCUCCAGGAUGGAGAGGACGCUGUCGGACAGCGGGAAUGAGACAAUGAGGGGGAGCGAUUCCUUUACGUUCAGCAACAACAAUGACUCCAAAUCAAAUCCAAACAUCCAAAUAUCUGAACUGACCUCCUCUGACAAGUGUGCCAGAGAGAUGUGGAGGACCAAUGGAGGUCAUAAUUCUACUUCUCCAACUGCCUACUCGUCCUCUCACAGAGAGACUGAUUCGACAGGUGUCCCACUGAUACGCACCUCUGUGAGAACAUGAUUUCUGCCCAACACUGGCGAUCUACGCUCAAAAUUACUUAAUGUUAAGCUGUGUCCAUAAGGUCCCAUACGGGACGUUAAAAGGCAACGCUCCUUGCACAUUAGUCUCUGGCUGAGCCGAGCUCUUUGUAGAGACCGUGGCUUUGUCAUGG